UUAGAACAUGAAGGUGCUUAUAGAUUAAGAAACUCGUUUGGUGCUCUUCAAUAAUCCCAAAAAAAAAAAAUACAAACAAAAAGAAGAGAGAGGGGAGAGGAUGCAAGAGGGGGAGAAAAGGAAAAGAAAAAAAAAAGAUGAAAACAUAAACAAAACACACCCCCACAAACACUCCUUUAUCUUUUCCCUCUCCUUGUGGUGAUCUCUUUCUCUCUGCAACUCUCUCAUGUUGAUGUGAUUCUCCACCUCCAAAGAAAGAACCCAUCAAACUUUUGCUAAAGAAAGAAAAGAAAAGCUCAAGCAGCCAGCCAUGGUCUUCCCGUCCCUUCCAAUCUACCUAGAUCCACCCAACUGGCCACAACAACAGCAACCUAAUAAUCAGCAAGUCGGAAUUUUCCCCCAGCAAAAUUCACCACGACCGCCGCCGCCACAACCACCACCUUCAACUGACAUAGUUGGAGGUGGUGGUGGUACUGGCGGCGGCUACCAGGGCUCUAUCAGACCAGGAUCAAUGGCGGAUCGAGCUAGGUUAGCCAAGAUACACCAGCCUGAUGCAACACUCAAGUGUCCGCGGUGUGAAUCCACCAAUACCAAGUUCUGUUACUACAAUAACUACAAUCUCUCACAGCCACGCCACUUCUGCAAGACAUGCCGCCGGUACUGGACCAGAGGGGGUGCGCUGAGAAAUGUUCCAGUUGGAGGUGGCUGCAGAAGGAACAAGAGAAGCAAAGGAAACAACUCAAAGUCUCCUAUGAAAUCUGAUCAUCGCCAAGGUGCUAAUAAUGGUUCUAGCUCUACAAGUGCUAACUCUUCUUCUAAUGGAAUCUCCACUAAUGCUAUGGUUGGUCAUUUGCAAACUCAAACACCAACAACCCAAUUUCCAUUCUUGGCAUCUUUACAACAUUAUAAUAGUGACUAUGUUUCUGGGAAUAUUGGUUCACAUUUUGGGACAAGAAAUGGCAAUGGUACUAGUAGUGGAAGUGAUAUUGGUGAGUUUCAAAUUGGUGUGGGUUCAUCAAGUGGUAACAAUGGUGGAUCUUUGUUGUCGCCAAAUGGCCUUGGUGAGCAAUGGAGGUUGCCAAAUUUACAACAAAUUCAUCAUCAGCAUCAGAGUCAGCAGCAACAGCAGCAGCAUCACCAGUUCCCUUUCUUAACUAAUGUGGAACCGCAAAUUGGGUUGUUUCAGUUUGGUGGAGAAAACAAUGCUGAUCAUGGAGGAAGGUUUAAUAGUUCUAAGGCAAUAGAUUCUUCUAGUGUGAGUGGGAUGGUGAUGCCUCAGCAUGAUAACACUGUAAAAGUGGAAGGAAAUGAAGGGUUGAAUUUGCCAAAAAAUCUCUUGAGUAUUUCAGGAAAUGAUCCAUUUUGGAAUAAUGGAAGUGGCAAUGCAUGGAGUGAAGAAGCUCCUAGCUUUGCUCCCUCGCCGAACCACUACUUGUGAUCCUUGGAAUUGGCUAGACAUAGCAGGUUUGGAUCAGCUUCUUUUUUUCCUCAGAAUUAAUUCUUACACUUGGGAUCACAUCAACAUUAUAUUUUCCCAGGAUUGAUUUUGUCUUUAGAACAGAAGAAUUUCCAAACAUGCAACAACUAUAGAUUCUUAAUUAUCAUCAUAGACAUGAUCCAAGGUAUUUAAGAGAGAUAGAACCAAUCACUUGUUAGCCAUGGAACGGAAUUCAUGCACCCUUUAUGAGUGUUACGUGGAUAUAUAUGGGAAGGAAGCAUCAGGGAAAUUUGUACUAUUUCAAGAAGCCAAAGUGGUAUGCUACAUGAAAUUAAGUUAUAUAUUUCUCCGUCGAUGGAUAUGAUCAAAAUUUAUAGUAUUUGUAGUGCUCCAAUUGUAUCGACGUGUUGAAAGAAGUAUUGGGUGUAAUUGUUUACUUAAUUUGCAUGUCGUUAUGACAUCAAAGGUUAAGCUGAUAUUACUAAUUGUGUGCAUCUAUAUGAGGACUAGAAGGUUUAUUAUGUGAUAAUUAAUGUAGUUUUUACUAUUUGCUUAAUGACAUUUUUCCGCAGCCAAAGGUGUAAUAUUGAGAAACAAUCUAGUGUAUCACUUAUCUUUUAAAUUUUGUUUUUGCUUUCA